CAGUCGUUUCCGUGAUAUAGUGUGUCAGCAUAGCAUCAAGCAAGAACCGACCGAAAAAGGUGGGGGACGAAUGAAUGCAAACCGACAUGCGAAGCGACGUCACCCGUUCGUUGUCUCUUCGACCCACAUGGGAGCCAUCAAAUGGCCGACUCACACCGACCCCCUCUCUCUCUCUCCCCAUGGCCACAGGGAGGGAGGGAAGGAGCGCAUCAUCCACCACUGGUAGCUACGGGGCGCCCGCACCGCCAGCAGCAACGGUGUCUGUCGUCUCCUGCGGUGCUGAAGGUGCGUCAGAUCGCCGGAGCGCCCGCAUGGCUGGCUCAAGCGCCCUGUUGGUGGCCUCCAGCUGCAGCACCACCCAGGCGUACUCCUGCCGGAAGGAGUCACUCAUCUCAGCCCGGGAAGCCGCAGCACCAGCAGAAGCAGAAGCAGCAGCAGCAGCGGCAGCAGCAGAACCACCGCCCCCGUCCGCUGCUGAGGCGGCAUCGUCGGUCGCAUUGUUGGCCGCCACCUCUGUGUUGAUCUGCAUUGCCCCGUCAGUCACAUAGGUAGACAGAAUGACAGACGGAUAGAUAGAUAGACAGAGGGAGGGAGGAAUGCCAUCGGUGGGCUGCCUACCGUCCUGAGGGUGUGGAGCAGCCUCUCCUUGCGAUCGAGGAGCCGAAUCAUGGCCGCCAGGCACCCCACAUCCAGCGCUGCACUCGCACAGACAGACAGACAGACGCCCGUAAGAAUGGGUGGUUCCUCGGUGCGGGCGCUCUGCAGCUCACCGCUGAUGCAUGUGUUGACUCGGCCCGAAAACUCUGACAAGAAGCCGAUGGCCUCAUCCUGUGCAUCAUAGCCCUCUGCACACACAACACAUCCAUCCAUCCAUCGAUCCAUCGAUUGACAAGGCCGCCGCCAGGCGACCCCCGUGAGUGUUAUUUACCGAGGAGGUGCGUGUCGGCGACAUCGAGCCUCCGGCCGUCGGUCGUGUCUGUGAGGGGAAAGACGUCCGUGUCGACGACAGACGCGAUGCCGCCAGCAUCCGGGCGGCUCAAGUGCACGAAGUAUCGACACACCGAAGUGGCGCCGUCAGUGUCUGGCGAGGGGAAAGCGGAGGGGCUCGCCAGCCCGUCAGAUCUGAUGUGAACCAAUCCAUUGUCAGACAGGGAGGGAGGGAGGGGGGGCAGAGAGAUGGUUGGCUGACCCCGUUGUGGUGAAGUCGGCCGUGCCCAUGAUGGUCCCCUGCUCCAGCUCGCGAGUGUUCGGGUGCACAGCUGCAGCCAGACACCGAACCAGGGAGCGCAGAGCACCGCACCCCACCGCACCACCUAUCGCGUACGCGCCGUUGGGUGUUCGUGCAUGCAUUAAUGUUUACCGAGGACGGAGUCGCCUGACACGAAUGGCUGGGGGAUCACCUGCACUCACACACGGAAUCGAAUCGCACACAUCACAUGCGCGCCAUGCGUACGCCUCGAUAUGGUCCCCCACGCCGCCACGCCAGCAACGAAUCGAAUGGACUGACUGACCUGCAGGUACGAGAAGAGGUCUCGGAACUCGUGGGGCACCUGCCGCUUCGCCUGCAGCAGGUGGACCGCAUGACGAUACCUACAGACAGACACCAGACACCAAUGCAAUACAAUGCGAUCAAUGCUCUCUCUCUCGUGUACAUCCGAUGGGGGAGUGGAGGGGCCUUGACGCACCUCUGUAGCUUGUGCCUUUCUUGUGCGAGGAAUUUGGCCGACAGCCGCCGCAUCCGGCCCAUCUCGGCACGCAGACGACUCCACUCACGACGCAGCAAACCGACACGCUGAUGACGGAUAUUUGCAGGCUCGGCUCGUGUCGACACGUCCUGUAGAGUUAGUUCUUGCCUCUCUAACCUACCCGCUGUCUGUUUUGGUGCAGGAUGGGGCACCGCUGGCAGAGUGUGGCCUCAAACUCAUUGGUGUCGAAGUACAGCCGGUCUAUCGGGCUGUAACACCACUCAUACCUACACACAACACAACACACCGAUAGAUAGAUGAGAUGCAUGAACCAAUCGAUGGAUGGAUGCGAAGAGCCAGCCAUACGUAUCUGAUCUGAAUGCCUGCAAACCAGCCCACCAUCUCCCCCACACACCGACCUGCAGAAUUUGGUGGCGGCUGAGGACAUCAGGCACCGCCUCAGCUCCAGCUCGCGCCUCAUCAGGCUAUAGCGCACCUUGCUGUCGGUGUCCUCUCCUGCUGCUGCUGCUGCUGCCGAGGCAUCAGUCAUCUCGCCGCGAAGGGCCUGCACCAACGAGAUGAAUGAAGCCCCUGGCUGUGCGUGUGUGUGUUUGUUUGUUUGCGCCCCCUCAUACCCCCCUACCUGAUAGCCAUCGUCGACAAGAGGCGCGACGGACCUGAGUGUUCGAACACAUACCCGGAUGGAUGGACAGAUGGACACCCUCAAAUGCGUCAGUCAGGCUCGCUCUUGUCUGCGUGUAGCCAUCAAGCACUAUCCAUCCCUCCCUCAAUCCAUCCAUCGAUCGUACCAUGCCUUGCGCAACGCACGCCGGCGCUGCACAGGGGCAGCCCCGCUCCCUGCCGAAACGUGCUCCUGGUCCUGCACACAACACAUACAAGGGCGGAGCUCGAUGAGCACACGACCACGGCGUUCGUGCAUUGAAUGACUGACCGUCGUGGGCUGUGCUUCUCCGUCGCCGCCGGCCGUCAUGGCCUCGUCCUUCUUGCCUCCCUCCUCGCCAGCCCGCAUUCUGACCAUCGCACACACACACGGAAGGAAAGGACGCCAUUGUAUGCAUACGACAGACACAUCCAGUCGAUGCGAUGUGCGUGUUCUGGUGGAUGAAUGAGCUGCAGCCAUACAGGGCCUACCUACCUCAGGAGCUGUGCCGCAAGCCUUGCCAUCGGGCCGACGGAGAAGUCAUGAACCCAUCAGCUCAUUGGUCGGCCAUGAUAUUGGAACACUCAGGGAAUCCAAA